GCCCUAUCAUUCAUGUCACGAGCGACACUCACCUGAGUUGUUCAAGCUGGACUGAGGGUGUGUUUGGGAGAGGAGAAGGGUGGACAUAAAUGGAGUUCCCUCUCACUAAAGCUCCUGGUGGAGCUGCAAGUUCAGAGGAGCCGGCAGUCAUCCCUCCUGGUCGUUUGGGGUCUCUCACUGAGGAAACAGAGCCCGUAGAAUUACAGAAGUAUGAUGACGAUGACAGGAGUCACCCGACAGAAAGCGCAGAUCGCCAAUCCGUAACUUUGCGUCAUCAGGCACCGUACUCAUAUGACAGUUCUUCAUCGUCCUCGGACACCGAGGAUGAGCGCAAGAGGGAAAAGAAGAAGAAACUGAAGAAAAAGAAGAAGAAAAAGAAAGAUUCCAGUUCCUCUUCUUCCUCUUCCUCCUCCUCUUCAUCCUCUUCCAGCAGCUCAUCAGACAGCGAUAGUGAGGAUGACAAGAAAAAGAAGAAGAAGACAAAGAAGAAAAAGGAGGAGAAGAAGAAAAUGGUGAAUGAGUACAUGUGGGACAGGUUGAUCAUAGCACCGACUGAUGAAGAAAAGGAACUUCCUGGGGACUUGGAGUUAAAGCGGGAUUUCAGAUCAUCCGAUGACGGCAAUGACAAGAAAGAGAAACAGAAGGAUGAGAAGAAAAAGAACAAGGGUUCCUCUUCAUCUGACAGCUCAGACAGGGACAAAAAGAAGAAAAAGAAGAAAGACAAGAAGAAGAAAAAGAAGAAAGACCAGAAAAAGGAUUCCUCAUCUUCUUCAUCAGACAGUUCUUCCACUGAUAGUGAAGAUGAGAAGAAAAAGAAGAAGAAAAAGAAGAAGAAGAAGAAAAAGAAGAAAAAGAAGAAGGACUCCAGCUCCUCCUCCUCCUCCUCCUCCUCCUCCUCCUCCUCCUCUUCUUCCUCUUCGUCCUCCUCUUCUGACAGCGAUGAUGACAAGAAAAAGAAGAAGAAAAAGGAUCAAAAGAAAAAGAAAGACAAGAAAAAGGAUGAAGAGCACGACUCUCGUUCACCGGCUGCAGGAGUUAAUGUUGCAGAGAAAAGUACUGUUGGAGACACAGCAAAAGAUAUUUACGACAAGUAUAAAGCAGCAGAAGAUCCAUCUCUGACCUACUUACCAGGUGAGGAGGGGCACCUGAGCGAUGAUGAGGGAGAGGGAAGGGAUGAGAAGGAGAUGAAGAAGAAAAAGAAGCUGAAGAAGAAGAAGAAGAAGGUGGAAAAGGAUUCUGGUUCAUCUUCAGACAGUGAUGAUGACGAAAAAGACAAGAAAAAGAAAAAGAAGAAGAAGAAGAAGGAUUCCAGCAGCUCCUCCUCCUCCUCCUCCUCCUCUUCUGACAGUGACGAUAAGAAGAAAAAGAAGAAGAAGAAGAAGAAGAAGAAGAAGAAGAAAAAGAAGGAUUCCAGUUCUUCCUCCUCCUCCUCCUCUUCUGACAGUGACGAUGAGAAGAAAAAGAAAAAGAAAAAGAAGAAGAAGAAGAAGAAGAAAAAGAAGGAUUCCAGUUCUUCCUCCUCCUCCUCUUCUGACAGUGACGAUGAGAAGAAAAAGAAAAAGAAAAAGAAGAAGAAGAAGAAAAGGAAGGAUUCCAGUUCUUCCUCCUCCUCCUCCUCCUCCUCUUCUGACAGUGACGAUGAGAAGAAAAAGAAAAAGAAAAAGAAGAAGAAGAAGAAAAAGGAUUCCAGUUCUUCUUCCUCCUCCUCCUCCUCUGACAGUGAUGAUGACAAAAAGAAAAAGAAGAAAAAGAAGAAGAAGAAGGCCAGCUCUUCUGAUGACAGCUCUUCCUCCUCCUCAUCCUCUUCUGAUAGUGACAGUGACAAGAAAAAAAAGAAGAAGAAGGAUAAAAAGAUGAAAAAGAAGAAGAAGAAGAAGGAUUCUUCCUCAUCCAGUGAUUCUUCUAGUGAUGAUGGCAAAAGGAAGAAAAGGAAGAAAAAGGACAAGAAGAAAAAGAAGGACAAGAAGAAGAAGAAGAAGAAGACGAAGGACAAGAAGAAGAAAAAGGAUUCAAGUUCCAGUUCCUCAAGUUCCAGUUCUUCAAGUUCCAGUGACAGUGACAAGGAAAACAAAAAAGCCAAGAAAGACGAGAAGAAAAAGGAGAAGGCCGUCAUCAUUUCUUCUUCCUCUUCACCGCAGAAAGGUCCCGGCGCUGAGCUAAGCGGCGAUCCACAAACGCAGGUGUCGGAUCCGGGUGCGAGCGGAUACUCGGCAUUGAGCAGAAGCUCCGGUAUCAACUUUCCACUGCUUCCCUCCAAACCUGUUGUGAACCUGGAUCCUCCGAUCCCUCCGGCUCCCUCACUCUCCACAAUUGGCGGUGGAGAUCGCGCACCCGUUCGCAGGCCCUUAAGCCCCAUGGAGUCAUUGAUGGGGGGUACAUUUCGGUACAGGGACCCGGGGACCCGUUCCACCUCACACCUCAGCUCUAGUAGUCUAUACCGAGGCCACAGGUCUUACCAGUGAUCAGAUGUCAAAACUGUUCACAGAUGUUACAUGUUCAUCACACGAGGGGAAGUUGACGUGCGCUCCGAUGACAAAUCACUCUGUGACAGUGCGAUAUGAUGUCUAAUGACAUCGAAUUAAAGGAAAUCUUGUGUUGUCAUUGUGGUGCAGAGAAAAAAAAAAAAAGGUGAUUUAUUUUUAUUUUUUUUAAUAUAUAUAUAAAAAAAUAUGUAUACCGGUAUUUAGAUCACAUGAAAUAAUUCAAUGUUUGCUUCAGGUAAUAAAACAACAAGGUUGUA